CGUGCAGGCUUGUGGUUGAGCUUGUAAAUGAGUUACUGAGUUUAAGCUCUUUUAUUUGAUUGAGCUAUUCCUUGAGCUGAGAUCUAGCUCAAAUUUCAGACCAAAGGGUACACUGUUGACUUUGUGUACGGUCCUGGUAAAGUUAAAUUCAAGAUAUUAAAAUAAAAGUAAAAGGUUUGCUUUACACUCAAAUGAAAUCUACGUUACUCUCCAGACCUGCAUCAGAGUAUUUGACUACUGAUAGCAUAGAGAGAGAUACGGUGAAUUAUCCAUGUAAGAACGCAAGCCAUACCUGGUACAAAUUUUUUAUUUCCUGAGGUAGUUGAUUUGUUUACUGACUGUUAUGAAGAUGAUAUCCCCCUCUCUCUGAUGGAGGAGAUGUAGUUUAAAUUAAUAAUUGAGGAUACUAACGAAGACUUAUGUUCAAUUUCAGUUGGAAAUAGUGGGCAAGAACCACAAAGUUUGACGCAUGUUACACCAACAGAAGCUCCCCAGCUUGAACUUGUUGGUCACUCAAUUGCAUGUACAUUAAAUCCAUAUCAGGAUCCAUAUUAUGGGGGCAUGAUGACAGCUUAUGGACACCAGCCUUUGGGUUAUCCUCAUCUUGUUGGAAUACCUCAUGCUAGAAUGCCUUUGCCCCUUGAGAUGACACAAGAACCUGUGUAUGUGAAUGCCAAACAGUACCAAGGAAUUCUGAGACGAAGACAGGCACGUGCUAAGGCUGAACUUGAGAAGAAGCUUAUAAAAGCCCGGAAGCCAUAUCUUCAUGAAUCUCGUCACCAGCAUGCCAUGCGAAGGCCUAGGGGCAAUGGAGGACGUUUUGCCAAGAAAACUAAUGAUGAUGCUUCUAAGCCUCCUGCUAAGGAAAAGGGGGCUGAUUCAGGUCCCAUCCUUUCAUCUCAGUCUGCCAGUUCAUCAGGUUCCGAACCAUUGCCAUCUGAUCCUGCUGAAACCUGGAAGUCUCCCAUUAGCCAGCAAGAAGCAGGAGGAUCCCAAGUUCACAACACAGCUCAUGUAAAUGGCAGUGGCCAAUACCAGAAUCAUGGUGGUUUCCAGGCCCCACCAUAUCCUUCAAACUUGGGAAGAGAAGAAGACGGAGACUAUUUGGGCCAACGACGAGGAAGUAUUUCCUCUGCCCAGUCUUCACAGAGGCCUCUUGCCAUCCAGUGAACCCCUUGUGUUGGGUGGGUGCCAAGAUGAGGAUACCCAGCCGAACAUAGAGCUGUGAAGUCAUUCUUGGCAAACCUGUUGCUAGGGCGGCAAAUCAUUCUUGGCUUUGGACUUGGUGUUUGUUUAGGUUGCAGUGAAAGGGGAGAAGGGAUGAUUGGGGCUUUAUUUACGUUGGCCGCAGCCCCAUUCAUUAUUUCUUUCCCUUUUUUGUCAUUUCUGUACAUGAAUCAUUGUCAGACAAACUCAAAAUGUAGCUUAGCUUGUGAGGAUCCUAUACAAUCUGACAGCAAUCUGGUUUUCUGUAAAAUCUCUUUUUCCAUCAAAAUUUGUGUUGUGUAAGGGUUUUAAACAUGACCUAGCGAGUGAAGAUGAUAUACGGAUAUUCUAAGGAUUUUACCUGGUUGGGGCAAAUUAACAAAAGAAAAUGUAUGUU